GUAAUUGUCAAAUACUUAUUGGAUUAAAUAGAAAAAAAUUAUUAUUAGAUAUCUAAAUAAAAAAUCAGUAAAAAUUGUUCCAUUGGCGAGCUAAGAAUAAUUCUACGAUGAAAAAUAUCGCCUCUAGUAGAAAGUCGGUCGCCUGAGAGAAAAAAUCGAUAAUGUGUAUAGAAAAACUCUGCAACGGCAGAUUUUUACAGUCAUGCACGCGUCGUCGUCGACGCCCGAACUGAAAAAUAGACGUCGAAAAAAAGACAUACGAUUUCCUUUGCUCGUCUCAGCACCCCUUAGACUUUGCUUAUCGACUCUAAAUUUAGAAGCGGUUCUCACCGAUACUCGCGUUUCCGAAGGAGCAGUUGCUUCUGGAGAGGAUAAGAAGAAAAAGAAGAAUAUGUUCUCAUUUGUAAUGCCUAAUAAGAAUAAGAAGACGAAAGAGAAAGAUGAUUUGCAAGGUGAAGGCCAAUUAUCAGAUCCAUUGACUUGGAAGAAGUCUUUCGAUACUUUGUUGCAUGACAAAGAUGGUUUAGAACAAUUUCGUAGAUUUUUAACAACCGAAUUUUCCUCGGAGAACAUAGAAUUUUGGAUAGCCUGCGAAGAAUAUAGGGAAGCUGACAAACAUGAACUUAAGGAGAAGGCUGAAAGAAUUUAUGAAGACUUUAUUAGAGAAAGAUCUCAUCGUCAGGUAAUAUUAAAUUCUCAACUAUAACAUAUUAUUAAAAAUACAUGUACUUAAGAAUAAAUGUAUAUUGUAUACACGCCUAUAUGUACAAUAUACAUCCUUAGCAAACGCAUGUACAGUAUAGAUGCUGUAUAUAUAUAUAUAUAUAUAUUGUAUAUUAUAAAUUUAUUUCCUUGUACAAAUGUAUGAGAGCACUUUUUUAUUAUUUAAAUGAAUCAAAGGGUGUAAAAGCGGAGUACUGAUGCUUCGUUAAUCUAUAUGUAAAUGUAGAAGCAGAAGUGCUUGCUAUGCGUGGAAAUAGAAAGGGCCAGGGGGCAGUAGUUAGUAUAGCCUUUACUGCCACCUACUGAUCUUGUUAUGCCAGAAGCCAAUAUUACUUUUAAUACUUUCCAAAAUCCUUUUUGACCGUUGCACCUUUUCCUAGUUCCUUUUUAUUUAUAUUCUCAUAUGUUGCCUUUUCUUUUUCUUUAAUUGUACAAAUCAUUUAAAAAGAACUAUAUGCACAAAACACCAAAAUAACAGGUUAAUCUCGAAUCGACAAUCAGAGAAAGUACUAUAGCAAGUAUCCAAAAUCCGAAUGCGCAAACUUUCGAAGAUGCUCAAAAACGAAUUGAAGCGUUGAUGAGUAAGGAUUCCUAUCCUCGAUUCAUACGAUCAGACGCCUACAAGAAGUUAAUAAAGAAAUAAACUGAAUAAGACUAGAAAUAAAAUUAGGUCAAACGCAAAAAAACAUUGAGCUAUCUAGUCAGCCUGCAGAAUAUUAUUGUUUGGAAGAAAUCUGGAUUAUACUGUACAAACAAAACAAGCUGCCUCAGCGAAAACUGCCGCCAUCUUUCCUCGCUCUAGGAUACUCAAAAAAUGGUCGUGCGAGUAUAGUUAUUACAAAAUUUUUGUUACUCAUUUCAUUCUUUGCUGUAGCUCGUAAAAAAAAGUAUUAACUCAUUUAACCAUAUAUUCUAAAUAUACCUCUAUAAACUUGUAUAUAUACGUAUAUAUAUACGAGUAUAUAUAGUUUACUAUAUGUAUUUAUAUAUAUAUAUAUAUAGAAUAACUCUUAAUAUAUACAUAUGUAUAACAUAUACAGUAUGCUUUUACUGCAUAUACAGUAUACUUUUAUAUAUACUAUAUGUGCAUAUGUAUGUAAGAAUCCAGAAUCUCACUCGCUUCACUCAUUUUAUGCUAAUUUAUGGUAAUUUCAGUGUAAUAAAACGCAAAGCAAUUUGUUAUAAAUCACUCACGUUGUUGUGCAAAGGAAAAAUAUUAAUUUAAUAUAUUUAUUGCGCCAAAAUUCUCGUGUUUUGACAAUAAAAUUCCCGUGAAAACUAAAAAAAAGUACACGGAAUUAUUAGUGGAAAUGGUAAAACGAAGCUAGAGCCAGAUAAAAAGUUUCUAAACAGCUGCACGUGUUGUGAAUAUUGAUUAUAAACUGCAGUGUGUUUUUAGCUUUAAUUAUGAAUUUAUAGUAUAGAUGUCAGUAGUUUAUACAACGUUCUCUUAAAUGUUUUCAUAAUUGUUUUCAUUCUUAUCAUCAUCAUUAUAAUCAUCGUCAUUGUCAUCUUCUUCGUUAUCGUUUAAUUUUUUAUUAUUAAUGUAAAUAUAAUAUAAUUUUUACAUAUCUAACAUGUUUUUUUUUCUUUUUUAAUAUCUUCAUUUCAUGCUAAAACAGUCUUUUUUUCUAUUUCUUUUUCUUUUUAAAGCAAAAUACGAAAUUCUAACCAAAUACAUAACUUUACAAGAAAACCUAUAACUGUAAAAGAGACGUCUAUCGACGCCUUACUUUAAAUGACUAAAUCUAUUCUCCUAUAUAUUCUAAUUUGCGUCGACUGGAAGUACUCUUUUUUUUUUUCC